UUGUAAUCUUCUAUCAUGGAACUCGUAUCAGAUUUGAUUGGUGAUUUGGGAAAAUAUCAAAUCUGGAUAAGUUUUUUAAUAUUAUUGAAUAAAUUUGGAGCAGGAUUCCAUUUAAUGGCGUUCGUUUACUUAGCUCCUCCAGUGAAAUACUCGUGUCCGGGCAAAGCCGUUUGUUGCGAUAAUCCCAUCUACAAUAAAGAAAACUUCACUCGAACUAUUGUUAUGGAAUUUAACCUGAUCUGUGAUAGAGCUUGGCUCAGAGACCUUUCAAAUAUACUUUUCCAGGUCGGGGUUAUAAUUGGAUGCCUCGUAUGUGGUAUAUUAUCUGACAGAUUCGGGAGAAAACCAAUUUUGAUCGCCUGCGUGAUAAUUGAAGUGCUCACUGGACUGAUGACUUCCUUCCUUCCUGAUUACUGGAGUUUCACCAUAAUUCGAAUGAUCUUAGGAUUUUCUAUUGGGGGUAUUUUAGCUAUCGGAUAUGUCCUGAUGAUAGAAUACAUCGGAUUAAAUAUCAGGCACGUUGCUGCCGCUCUCUUCCACGUACCUUUUACAGUUGCUCAUUUAUUGCUCGCUUUAUUGGGAUACUGGAUAAUCAAAGACUACGUAUAUUUUCAAUUAGGAAUAUCCCUAUCAACUGCAAUUUUGUUACUUUACAUUUGCUUUCUGCCGGAAUCGCCAAGAUGGCUAAUAGCCGUAAAUAAAACCAAUGAUGCCAUAAAACUUUUGGAGAAAAUAGCAAAAAUAAAUAAUCGACCAGUAGAUUUAGUCCGUCACAGAAUAGAUUUAUAUCUACUGACACAGAGGAAUCAGACCCCAGGAUCGUUUAAAAAUCUAUUCACUGAAUCUAAUUUGAGGAAGAACAUAUUAAUAAUGAUAUUUAUGUGGUUAAUUCAUAGCUACAGUUUCUAUGGAGUAUCUCAAUACAUUUUUUACUUGACUGGCAACGUAAAUAUUAACGUGCUAGUGAGUGGCCUUGUGUGUUUGUUAGCUACUCUCCUUGCUAUACCACUUCUGAAAUUCUUUAAGAGAAAGAUAAUUAUCAUGGCUGCGUGUCUUAUCUGCAGCCUAUGUCUGCUGAUAAUUACAUUUGUGCCCGAUGGUUAUGGAUUGGUUGCGCUCGGAUGCAUUGGCCUUUUAUGUGACUUUACUACGUUCGUUGUAAUUUACCUGUAUUGCUGUGAAAUGUUCCCGACUAUAGUACGGAAUACAGCAUUAGGCUUGUCGUUGAUGAUGGCCCGUAUUGGUGCUGCAACAGCACCUCUAGUAUUAGAGAUACGGCCUCAUUGUAAAUGGUGUGUUUCAAUUGUGUUCUGCUGCUUUCCUUUGAUAGCUGCACUGAUGUGUGUUUUUCUGCCAGAAACAAAAGACCACGAUCUAAUGACAACCAUUGAAGAAGGUGAAGCUUUUGGAAAAACACCUCGACAACUCUCGUCAGAUAAUGCGACAACCACGUAGUUGAUAUUAAUUAAUAAAAUAUGAAAUGUAUAUUAUAAUGUUGUUCAGAAUUUCAAGUAGAUUAGUAAAAAAAAAAUAAUGUAGAUUCCUUGAAAUAUAUAACAUGUUAAAAUAAAGCCUGUGAUC